GACAAUCGAAAACCGGAAACUACAUCCUUGAAGUUGAACUAUGGGGUCAAUUAAGAUGCAACGCAGAUUUAUAUUUAAAUGUUCGAUUUUUAUUGAAAUUAUUUUAUCAGCGGCCCCACAAAGGAACCACUAACUGAAUGAAAUGGAGCUGGAGCCUAUCCCAGCUGCACUCUGGCGGACCCUGGGCAAGUCGCCACCUCAUCGCAGGGCCAACAGAGAUAGACAACAUUCACGCUUACAUUUACACACCAAUCAGUCUAUCCCCAGGUACAGUGGAAGCUGCAAGAAAUUAAAUGCCAUGACAUUGUUGCAGAUAAAAGAAAUGUGGUUUUGGACGGAUCCCGAUGAGAGGACUACCAUGUCCUGUCCUCUCCGGGCCUGUGAGGAAGACGAGGACACGGCGCUUCAUUGCGAGGGAGGAGGCUUCAAUGAAGACGACGACGGAGACUUUUUAGACCGGAGAAGCGACAUCAACUCGCCGGCGGCGCCUCGGCAAACUGCAGCCGCGCCAGACGAGGAGGCAGACAUAUCAGAUAGGGAAGUCACUUGCAAAAAGAAAGGACGGCCGAAGAAGAAAGACGCCAAGAAGAAGGACAAAGAGGGCAAACCUGUCAAGGCCAAAAAACGCAAAAAGAUUGACAGCGAUGUAGAGAGGGACUCAGACAGAGACUUUGGCGAGAACUCCGACAGCCUUGCCAGCGACUAUGGAUCGGGUGAGAAAAAAAAGAAGAAGAAGCAUAAAGAAAGGAAAGAGAAGAAAACCAAGAAGAAGAAAAAGGACGAUGGGGACCGAGACAGCAGUCCGGAAGAGACCAUUAAGCAGCCCGUAGAGCAGAAGACCUCCGCCCAGCUGGCUAAGGAGUGGGGUCUGGAGGAUGUAGCGCAUACCUUCAGCCAGGAAGACUACAGGGAGAUCACCAACUACAAAGCCUUCAGUCAGUUCAUGAGGCCAAUGAUUGCCAAGAAGAACCCUAAGAUCCCCAUGUCUAAGAUGAUGACAAUCCUGGGCGCCAAAUGGAGGGAGUUUAGCUCCAACAACCCUUUCAAAGGCAAUGGGGCUGCUGUCGCUGCGGCCGCCGCAGCUGCCGCCAUCGCUGUCGCCGAACAGGUGUCCGCGGCGACUGUCUUGCCUGAGCCGCCGCUCCCGCCGCAGCCCCCGCCCAUUCGGAAGGCUAAGACUAAAGAGGGCAAAGGUCCAGGUUACAAGAAGCGCAGUAAAAGUCCUCGAGUCUCGGACAAAAAAAAGGCUUUAGCUGCAGCCAAGGCUAAAAAGAUGGCGCCCAUUCGUAUCAAGCUUUCGCCGAUAUGCACUAAGAGGAAGAAGAGUUGCUCUAGUGAGGACAUGGACGAGGACGAGUCGGAGCAGGAGGACUCCAGCGUUCACAGCUCCUCGGUUCGAUCCGACAGCUCUGGCCGCGUCAAGAAGAACAAGCGAGGGCGGCCGGCUAAGAAGAAGAAGAAAAUUGUGGGUGAGGAGGAAGGGGACGGCUAUGAAACAGACCAUCAGGACUACUGCGAGGUGUGUCAGCAGGGUGGCGAGAUCAUCCUGUGUGACACGUGUCCACGAGCUUACCACCUUGUGUGCCUGGAACCUGAGAUGGACAAGGCUCCUGAGGGCAAUUGGAGCUGUCCACACUGCGAAAAAGAAGGUAUCCAGUGGGAAGCAAAAGACGAGGACUUUGAAGACUUUGAAGAGGACGUGGAGGACAGAACCAUCUUGGAGGUUGGGGCCGGUGUCCCUGCCAGUGCCGAGGAGGAAGACGACCACAUUGAGUUCUGCCGGGUGUGUAAAGACGGAGGUGAACUGUUGUGCUGUGACACCUGCACAUCUUCCUACCACAUCCACUGUCUAAACCCUCCACUGCCAGAGAUCCCCAAUGGAGAGUGGUUGUGUCCGCGAUGCACGUGUCCACCGAUUAAAGGACGAGUACAGAAGAUCCUUCACUGGCGGUGGGGCGAACCCCCGGCUCCCAUUCCCGUGCCGCCUGCCCCUGAUGCGCCACCUGAUGAACCUCCUCCGCCACCUAUGAAGGGCAGAGCUGAGCGGGAAUUCUUUGUCAAGUUGGUGGGACAGUCCUACUGGCACUGUACAUGGAUCACUGAGCUGCAGUUGGAGAUCUUCCACUCAGUGAUGUACAGAAAUUACCAGAGGAAGACAGAUAUGGACGAUCCUCCCAGUUUGGACUACGUCUCGGGCGGCGAGGAUGAGAACGGGAUGGGAAAGAGCGAGAAGAGGAGGGCUAAAGACCCGCAAUAUGCCAUCCUUGAAGAGAAGUACUACAAAUACGGCAUCAAGCCUGAGUGGAUGAUAAUCCAUCGCAUCAUCAACCACAGUGUUGAUAAAAAGGGCAUCUACCACUACCUGGUUAAAUGGAGAGACCUGACCUAUGAUCAGUGCACUUGGGAACGAGAUGACAUGGACAUCCCCGACUUUGGUAUUUACAAGACCAACUACUGGAGACACAGAGACUCCAUCAUGAAGGAAGACCCGGACAAACCCAGGAGGAUGAGGAGUAAGAGUCAGGAGGACGAAGACGAGUCUCCCGCCUCACCAGUCACUGAUCCUACGAUCAAAUACGAGGAGCAGCCAGACUUUGUGACGUUGACGGGCGGCACCCUACACCUGUACCAAAUGGAGGGUCUCAAUUGGCUUCGCUUUUCAUGGGCUCAGGGAACCGACACCAUUCUGGCGGAUGAGAUGGGUCUCGGCAAGACCAUCCAGACCAUUGUCUUCCUCUAUUCUCUCUUUAAAGAGGGUCACACAAAGGGUCCCUUCCUGGUUAGCGCCCCACUCUCCACCAUCAUCAACUGGGAGCGGGAGUUUGAGAUGUGGGCACCCGACUUCUACGUGGUGACCUACACGGGCGAUAAGGACAGCCGAGCCAUCAUCAGAGAGAACGAGUUAUCGUUUGACGACUCGGUCGUGAAGGGAGGAAAGAAGUCUUUCAAGAUGCGGAGAGAUACUCCUAUUAAGUUCCACGUGCUGCUGACCUCCUAUGAGCUGGUGACCAUCGACCAGACGGCCCUGAAGUCCAUCGACUGGGCAUGUCUGGUGGUAGAUGAGGCUCACCGCCUUAAAAACAAUCAGUCCAAGUUUUUCAGGCGACUGAACGACUACAAGAUUGACCACAAGCUGCUGCUGACAGGAACGCCGCUACAGAACAACCUGGAGGAGCUUUUUCACCUGCUCAACUUUCUCACGCCAAACCGCUUCAACAACCUCGAGGGCUUCUUGGAGGAGUUUGCCGACAUCUCCAAGGAAGAUCAGAUCAAGAAACUCCAUGACCUGCUGGGUCCUCACAUGCUGCGGAGGCUAAAGGCUGAUGUCUUCAAGAACAUGCCCGCCAAGACAGAGCUGAUUGUACGAGUGGAACUGAGCCCCAUGCAGAAAAAAUACUAUAAGCUGAUUCUUACCAAGAACUUUGAGGCUCUUAACUCAAAAAGCGGAGGAAACCAGGUCUCUCUGCUCAACAUCAUGAUGGAUCUGAAGAAGUGCUGCAACCACCCCUACCUUUUCCCUGUCGCCUCCAUGGAAGCCCAGAAAACACCAAACGGUGCUUAUGAGGGUUCUGCCCUCACAAAGGCUUCUGGAAAACUGACGCUAAUGCAGAAGAUGCUGAGGAAACUGAAGGAGCAGGGCCACAGGGUGCUGGUCUUCUCCCAGAUGACUAAAAUGCUGGACCUACUUGAAGACUUCCUGGAUUAUGAAGGUUACAAGUAUGAAAGGAUAGACGGUGGCGUCACAGGAGCUCUGAGGCAGGAGGCCAUUGACCGCUUCAACGCACCAGGCGCCUGUCAGUUUUGUUUCUUGCUCUCCACCCGAGCUGGAGGUUUAGGAAUCAACUUAGCCACAGCAGACACUGUGGUCAUCUUCGACUCAGACUGGAACCCUCACAAUGACAUACAGGCCUUCAGUCGCGCUCACCGCAUCGGGCAGGCCAACAAGGUGAUGAUUUACCGCUUUGUGACGCGAGCCAGCGUGGAGGAGCGCAUCACCCAGGUGGCCAAGAGGAAAAUGAUGCUGACUCACCUGGUGGUCCGGCCAGGCCUGGGAUCCAAAGCUGGCUCCAUGACCAAGCAGGAACUGGAUGAUAUCCUUAAAUUUGGAACAGAGGAGCUUUUCAAAGACGAAGGAGAAGGUAUGAAGAACUCCUCCGGGGACAAAGUGGAGGAUGAGGGCAACGUGAUCCACUACGACAGCACCGCCAUCGAGAGGCUGCUCGACAGAAGCCAGGAUGCCACCGACGACUCUGAUGUGCAGAAUAUGAACGAGUACCUCAGCUCCUUCAAAGUGGCCCAGUACAUGGUCCGAGAGGAGGACAAGGUUGAGGAAAUCGAGCGGGAGAUCAUCAAGCAGGAGGAGAACGUGGACCCCGACUACUGGGAGAAACUGUUGCGGCAUCACUACGAGCAGCAACAGGAGGACCUGGCCAGUAAGCUGGGAAAAGGCAAAAGGAACCGGAAGCCUGUCAACUACAAUGACGCUGCGCAGGAAGAUCAAGAGUGGCACGCUGACAUUUCGGACAACCAGUCGGAAUACUCAGUGGGCUCUGAGGAGGAGGACGAGGACUUUGAUGACCGGCCGGAAGGUCGCAGGCAAUCACGUCGCCAGCUGAGAAGCGAGAAGGACAAACCUCUUCCUCCUCUUCUUGCCAGAGUGGGAGGCAACCUGGAGGUCCUUGGCUUCAAUACUCGCCAGAGGAAGGCUUUCCUAAAUGCGGUGAUGCGCUGGGGAAUGCCGUCUCAGGACGCUUUCUCCUCUCAGUGGUUGGUCAGAGACCUCAGAGGGAAGACUGAGAAGGAAUUCAAAGCGUACGUGUCUCUUUUUAUGCGUCACUUGUGUGAGCCAGUGGCUGACGGGGCCGAGACGUUUGCUGACGGCGUACCGAGGGAGGGCUUGUGUCGCCAGCCUGUCCUGACUCGCAUUGGCGUCAUGUCGCUCGUCAAGAAGAAGAUUCAGGAGUUUGAGCACAUAAACGGGCGGUGGAGUCUUCCAGAGCUCAAGCCUGAGGUCAGUGUGGACAAAUCCUCCGCCUCCAGGGCAUCGUCUCCCGCCGCCAAGACGGCAACGCCCACCCCAGACGCCAGCUCCAACAACACGCCUUGCACCUCCAAGCCAGCAACGCCUGCUCCGGUGGACAAGCCUGAAAAAAACGGCAAAGAGUCAGAAAAGGACGACAAGGAAGAUGGCGAGGCCCAGACAGAAAAAGACAAAGGGAGGGAAAAAGAUGAGGGCAAGGAGGAGGAUGCAAACAAGUCUGCAGAUGGUGAAGAGAGCGCAUCUUCCGCUUUAAAAAGUGAGGGGGAAAUGGACGCAGACUUGAACAAGGGGGAGAAGAAAGAAACAAGCAGCAGCCCAGCAGAGGAGUGCAGUACGCAGCAGAAGAACGCAGCCGAGUCCAAACAAACCGCUGAACCAGAGGAGCGGGUCAAAGAAGGAAAAGCAGACGAAGAGAAGGCCGACGAGAAGUGGGAAAAAAACACGGAAAAGCCUGAUAGGACGCCGCCGCAGGCAGCGGAGGUCACUGAAGCCAAGAAAGAAGAUGUCAAAGGUGACAAGGAGGCUGGGAAAGACGUCAGAGAAACGAAGGUCGACGUUGCCAAGGGUAACGGAAAGAUGCCCGCCGAGCGACCCCGUUUCAUGUUCAACAUUGCUGAUGGCGGCUUCACUGAGCUGCACACUCUUUGGCAGAACGAGGAGCGCGCCGCCAUCUCCUCUGGAAAGAUGAGCGAGAUCUGGCAUCGCCGACACGAUUUCUGGCUCCUGGCGGGAAUCGUCAUCCACGGCUACGCUCGGUGGCAGGACAUCCAGAACGAUCCGCAGUUCGCCAUCGUCAAUGAGCCGUUCAAGUCCCAGGCCAACAAAGGCAACUUCCUGGAGAUGAAGAACAAGUUCCUGGCCCGACGCUUCAAGCUGCUGGAGCAGGCGCUGGUCAUCGAGGAGCAGCUGCGCCGGGCGGCCUACCUGAAUAUGACGCAGGACCCCAGCCACCCGGCCAUGGCUCUCAACGCUCGCUUUGCCGAGGUGGAGUGUCUGGCCGAGUCGCACCAGCACCUCAGCAAGGAGUCGCUGGCGGGCAACAAGCCAGCCAACGCCGUCCUACACAAAGUGCUCAACCAGCUGGAGGAGCUGCUGAGUGACAUGAAGGCCGACGUGACCCGACUACCGGCCACGCUGGCCAGAGUCCCGCCCAUCGCCGCUCGCUUGCAAAUGUCUGAGAGGAGCAUCCUGAGUCGGCUGGCCAGCAAGGGCAUGGAGACGCACACCUCCCUGCCCAUCCCUCCCGGACCCUACGCCACCCCUCAGAACUACGGAGUUCCAUUCACUCCAGCACCCCCGAGCGCCCUACUCAUGGGAGGGGCCAACUACAGUCAGAUGCCGCCAGGAUCCUUCAUAUCAGAAGCCGCCACUGCUGCUGGGGCCACCGGGGGACCCGCUGGGGGGGCGGCCGCUGUCAGUGUCUGCCAGAAGACCAAGGAGCAUGAUGUUGUGCAGCGGCAGCGGGUGGUGGACCUGUGGAAGGACGGAAAGUCUGAGGGGGCCAUCGGCCUGGAGCUCAGGAUGCCCAAGUCCACUGUGCACAGCAUCAUUGUCAAGUACCGCCUCAGUAACACCGUGGAGAACCUGCCACGCAACGGCAGACCAAAAAAACCAUGAAGACGGUGUGUGGGAGGGGGGUCAGAAUUCCGAGAAAUUAGCGUUGAAACCUAAGAGGUGAGUGGGGGGGCGCUGUAGAGCCCCGCUGGAAGGAAGAGGAAGCUUUAAAACAGAGACACAAAUGGAGCAUCUGGGGGGGUGAAAAGUCAAGCAGAAGGAAUGAUGUGGACAAAGAAUAGCCUGGCAAACCAAGAACAUGACGUUAAAUCAGGAAUUCAGAGACAACUUUUUUCGACAUAAAUUCCUCUGAUUUCUGACUCUUUGCCCAAAGAGUCCCCCCCGGAUCAAUUCUUCAUCCAGCAGCAGACUGAAGGAGCCUUUCUCCUCGCUCUGACCCUGUACUCCCUCAUUCCUCAACGGUCCUCCUCCUCCGUCUCUGCUCCCCCCCAGACCCAGACCCUCACACACACGCAAACAUAUAGAAGUACGCGUGCGUGUGCGUGUGUGUGUGCGCGCGCGUGUGUGCGUGUGUGUGUGUGUGUGUGCGCGCGCGCGUGUGUGUGUGUACGUGUGUACGUGUGUGUGUGUGUGUGUGUGUGUGUGUGUGUGUGUGUGUGUGUGUGUGAGGUCCACGAGAGACUCGCAAAUAACAUAAUGUGUUUGCUUACCAACUGACUGAAGAAAGACAAAGGUGAAAGUUGUCUUCGAUGUUUUUAUAAACAGCUGGCACACAACUUUUUAAAUGGUCUGGAAGUCCAAUUCAUCAAGAUUGUCCUGAGCUGUGUCUCAAUUUGAGUACUUCUACUUACAGUAGUCUUUUAAUUGCUUUCACUACAUAGGUUGUGACGAAAGGGUAGGGACUAACAAACUUUCCAACCAACAAGAAGAAGAAGCACAAAUAUAUUUCCAGUAAGUGCACAAUGAUUGAAGUCGAAUAGGGACGGGACUACACUGUCAAAAUCUGUGCACUCAAGAAUUAAGUAUGUGCACACUCUCACCUAGCAUUUUGAGUGUAAUGGUGCGUUCACGCUCAAAAUGCAGUCCACUCUCGUACCUGGAUGUUGCACUCAAAAUGGAGAGUGCACGGUGCUGGACACUUACUACCCUUAAUAGUCACAAUCUUGGUUAUGUAGCGAAAGGAGAGGGACUAAGUCGAAAAAAUGGGUGCUGACAAGCAACCCCUGGUGGUGAAAAGUAGUGAACAAACAGAAAAAGUGAGUAAAUAUUGCGAUUAACAUUUCCCAUUAAAGUACAAUGACAGUAAUGGAUUUGGGACAGGCACUAAAAUGUCAAAUUUCACAUACUCAAAUUGUACACAGUUGUAAAAAACAAGGCACGUUUAUUUAUAGAGCACAAUUCGUAUGCAAGGCAAUUCAAAGUACAUUACAGAUGCAUAAAAUUACAAAAAGGCGAAUAAAAUCAUGAAUAAAAAUAAAAUUAUCAUAAAAAUCAUCAUGACUUAAUUCAAUUAAAAUCAAGUGUAGAUAAAACACUUCUCUAAAGUGUUUUCAACAUUUAGGCCUGUCUCACAUCUUCUGGAAGACUGUACCGGAUUUUAAGAGCAUGAAACUGAAAUACAGCCUCACCCUCAUUUAGUACGUUCAUACACAAAAUUCAGUGCACUGUCACUACCCGGGUGUUGCAAAUAAAACAAUCAAAAUGGUAAGUGCUCAGUGCUGGACACUUACAUAACUCAAUAGUCACCAUCUUAGCUACGUAAUAGAAAGAAAGGGACAACCAAACAAAAAGGAAUGGUGCAAUCUCUACUUCAAUUAAAGCAGGGGGUACACACGCAGACCAGAAAAAUUCAUAAUAAAUAUCGUAGUGUCCAGGCUAAAGAGCACACGUAAAUAUAAGCUGCACUUACUUAAUUUUUGGACAAAUUUUGUACAUAUAUUGGCUGCACAAGUCUAUAAACCGAAGGUGUACACGUUGAAGUAUAUUUUAUUGCAUAAUGAUAGUCAGCGAUUUGGGACAGCACUACACAGUACAAAUUUGCACGUUCGGGAAGUAAAUACAGAGUGUACACAGCACACUUAUUGAAGUGUACUGAUGGAUGUGUUCGUUUUGAGACAAAGCACAUAGUCUUUGGUCGAUGUAAAAAUAUGUUGAAGAGGUUCAUUUAGCCUACUGAUGUGUAUAAUUAAAUAGUUGAUUUAUACAGGCAAGUAAGGUAAAGUUU